CAAAACGCUUUGAAACUCCAGCAAUCGGUGUAACAACAGACUUUCCCCCUUUUGAAUGGCGCCAUUUCUUUGCGCACUUUUAGAGAAAACAGUAUGGGUAAAGUUCAAAAUGUGUAAAAGUGCCUGCGUAACUGUGUCGCAAGCCAGGGGCACCGUUGAUGCCAACACCGCCACAAGAAGUGAUUGUUGGUGAUUCUCUCGCAGGGUGUAAAGUACAGUUACAUGUAUAUCUCGAAAACUUACAUUCAUUGAUCCAACAUGGCCAAGACAAGUAGCCGUGCUGUGGUUAUCCAGAGCGGGUCCUGCUCGUGUAAAGCGGGCUUAUCUGGUCAGGACUUCCCGAGUACCGUUUUCCCUUCUGUGGUCGGCAGGCCUCGUUUCAAGGGAAUCACUCCGGGCGUGGGGCAGAAGGCUUGCUUCGUGGGUCACGAAGCUCUUCAGAGGAGGAACGUGGUCUCACUGAAAAGUCCCAUUGAACGAGGGUCGGUCCGAGACUGGGACGGGCUGGAGAGGAUCUGGCAUCACACCUUCGAAAACGAACUACGGGUGCCACCGGAAGAGCACCCGGUGUUACUGACAGAGACGCCGCUCAGUCCGAAUGAGAGAAGAGAAAAGAUGGCACAGAUACUGUUUGAAACCUUCAACGUGCCUGCCUUGUACUUGGCUAAUCAGGCCAAACUGUCCAUGUGUUCAUCUGGUAGGCUCACCGGUAUGGUUGUCCAUAUCGGUCACGGCGCAUCAUAUGUUGUACCCAUCUCCGAGGGAUUCGCAGUGAAGCACGCCACCUUGCGAGUCGACACGGCGGGGCAAGAUCUGACCGAGUAUCUGUUGGACGUGCUUUUUGCCCGUGGAUUGAUUGCUAAAACGCCAGCUGAUUAUGAACUCGCCCGAGGCAUCAAAGAACACCUGUGCCGUGUCUCACUCAACUUCCCGCAAGAAGUAACCAGCCUUGCAACAGACAUGUCGCUGGGAAAGGACUACCGCCUACCGGACGGCAAGGUCAUCAAGGUGGGUAAGGAGCAGCUCCAGUGCCCCGAGGCUCUCCUCCGCCCCUCGGUGCUGGGUGUCCACGCACCUGGUGUCUCCCAACUCGUGCGAGAGAGCAUCGAGAAGUGCGAUAGCUCCCUGCGGGAGAACAUGUACUCCAACAUCGUCUUGUCAGGCGGCUCUUCCCUGUUCCCUGGGUUGGAGGAAAGGCUCAAGGCGGAACUCGAACAGCAGAUGUCCCCAGGGAGGGCGACAGAGGUGAACAUUAUCGCCCCUCCAGAGAGAAGGUACUCCUGCUGGAUAGGUGGAGCUAUUCUUCCCACCCUCUCCACAUUCCAGCACAUCUGGGUCCUUAAACAGGAGUACCAAGAAUCAGGGCCUGGAAUAGUCCAUCAGAAAUGCCUGUGAAGUAAUGCCACCUGAUCGAACUGUUCCUUCAGUAUCCAUAGCUCAAUUUUUUGGCUUUCAUAGUACAGACAUUCUGCAAAACCUGUGCGUAUCAUCUUUGAUGUACAGGAUGUAUCUUGUAGACGUGACAUUUGUUUCAAAUUUCACCGGUUUCAAAAAUGAAUUAUGUUAACUACUGGUUCGGGCAUACAGGCAACCCAUUGGACAUUUUUAUUGUCAAUAUCAAUAUUGAUAUUGAAAGAUUACGGUAGAUAUAACCUUUACAAAAACAGGAUUUUCAGAAGCAUGGAACUAUAAAAUUGCCCCCUUUUGCGACAUGAGCUGCUAGCGAUAUUUUCAGGGUUCAGCACAGUGAUGAGGACCCACAGAGUGGAAUUUUAUUUUAGAAUAAAGCAAUAAACAAACACACAAGCCAGUGUUUAUAAGCAUCAUGCAUUUGAUGACAUAUUUGUAGAGAUAUUUCAUUGGGGUAGUUAUGCUUUUUAACUGAUGCCAUCAUCAUUUGUGGUGGAAGUUGACAAAAUGUUACUUUGGACAGCAACAUUACUGACUAGCCAGGAAGAGACCACCUUGGUUUAAACGCUUCUUGCGUUUAAAUGAUUUUUCAUGAAAAAUCUGACAGAAGUGUACUAAAUGAGAUUUAAUAUGAAAUACUCGUGUCAACAUCAACCCUCAAUCGCAGACAAGACUUACAAUUUUGUAUCUGUAUCUGCAUCUGUCCGUUCACGUACAAACACAAUUGCUGGUUGUUACAUACGUUGGGGGGGUCAUGUGCAAAGUCGUGAUUGAAUAUUGAAGUGAGCCUUUGAAGUCAGCGUCUUGGUGUUGAUGGCUUCUAAAUUGGCUUUAAAAGUCUUGACGUCGGGGGCGAUGCGUAGGUCUUGGUCGAGGUGAUUCCAUUCACGACUAGACU